CCCCAACCAUUAGAUUUCACACCCCUAAUUUUCGGAUUUUCAAGUUCCGAAUUAUUUCGGAAUCUUAGAUUCCGAAAUUAAUUCGUGAUUUUUAGUUCAAAAUACAUCUAACACCACACUUUUGAGUAAAAAACCACACUUUUGAGUAAAAAAGUGCUUCGGAAACCUUAUUUCCGAAAUAUUUCGGAAACUGAGUUUCCGUAAGUGGGGUGACAUUUCUAAUGGUUGGGGUGCCAAAUCUAAUGAUCCGUUACGCGCUAGGAUCGUGAUUGGUGAGUUUUGUUCUGGUUUUGAGGAGAGAGAGUAGAGAAGAAGAAGAAGAAGAAGAAGAAGAUGGAAUCGGCGGGGGAGUGGUUGGAGAAGGCGCUGGUGGAGUUAUGCUCGAAGAUUGAGACUGGUUUGGGAUUAGGGUUGGAUGAAGAGAUCAUCAAAGGGCUUGUUUCGUAUUGCAACCUUGCUGAACCGCGAGAUGCUAAAGAGUAUCUUGAUAAUAUAAUUGGUCAGGAAGCGGGGAAAGCUGUGAUUGAAGAAUAUCUACAAAAGAGAGGUUACUCGGAAUCCAGCGCCAGUUCAAAUGUUCCGACUACCAAAUUAAGUGCCUAUGUGAAACCUUCUUCGGCUGACAUAUCUGCGAUUGGAAGUAAGAAAUCGAAUAGAGCACCGAAAGCUGUGGCGGUUCGAGGUCAAGAUGCAGUACCCAAUAAGAAUGAAGUGAAUCAGACUCCAGCUUCUGGCAGUGAAUCAAGAGCGUCACAAAAUGGGAAUCAAGUGAGUUCCAAAAAGAAGAAAGCUGGGAAAGUUGUGUCGCUUGCUGAGGCGGCGAAAGGGUCGAUUGUGUUCCAGCAGGGGAGGCCGUGCUCUUGUCAAGCACGCCGUCACAGGCUGAUCAGUAAUUGCUUGUCUUGUGGCAAAAUAGUUUGUGAGCAAGAAGGGGAGGGACCUUGCAAUUUUUGUGGUGCGCUUGUGUUGAAAGAGGGGAGCUCUUAUGCUGGCCUGGAAGAAAGUUUGUUACCCUUGUCAGAAAAGGAGGCUGCUGCUGAAGCUUAUGCGAAGAGGCUUGUUGAUUACGACCGGAACUCUGCGGCUCGUACAACUGUUAUUGAUGACCAAAGUGACUACUAUGAGAUUGAUGGGAAUAGUUGGUUGUCAAAGGAGGAAAAAGAACUGCUGAAGAAGAAACAAGAGGAGAUGGAAGAAGCUGAGCGAGCCAAGCGGAAUAGAGUUGUUGUGACUUUUGAUCUAGUUGGUCGCAAGGUCCUUGUGAAUGAAGAUGAAGUUUCAGAAUUGCAGCCUGACAAUAGAAUAUUACGUCCUCCAGAUGAAAGGGAAGUGAACCGUAUUAAACCAAACCCUACUCUCAAGAUUCAGCCGGUAUUCGUGGACCAGGGAUUCAGUAAGAAGUCUGCUAAAGAUAGGCAACCAAACAAAGGCCUCAGCAAGGGCAUGUGCUUGGAGAUUUCUGGGAGGGUGCAGCAUGAUAGCAAUGACCUGAAGUAUUUAAUGAGGGAAAACCAACUGGUAACAGCUUCAGAUUAAAAAAAUUUGGCUGUGCCUUCAGGAAAUGCCGAAAUAGAAGACUGCAUGUUGUAGAUGAUAGUGAAUGUUUGCUUAACAAUGAUAAUGAGUAGUGAGUUGUAUAGCUUUUACUGAUUAUGGUUGCCCCUUUUCAUUUGCUUACUCCCAUUUUGCAUAUUGACUUUUGUGUCAAAGCCUUGAAAUUAAUGUUCCUAAUUCUGUCUUGAAAGAAAGGAAGAAAUAUUAGAAUUUUAAUGAGUCCCCCCCCCCCCCCUUCAAUGCUUGUGCAGAUAUCAAUAUCAAUAAUGUUACUGUA